GCCGGCGUGCACCGCAUGCCACGUUUAUACUAAGUGUGCAGUGACUGGACUACGACUCAGAAUGAUGUACAACACCAUUAUUCUUAUCAUUUGCUUGGGAGCAGUAUUCUGCACCCCGGAAAGCGUACGUAACGACGAGACCCAUGGGACGCAGGACUCGCAAGACAUGCAGAUUGCCCACACCGACCACUCCGCCCCGCUAGAGAAGAGAUCUCCGCGGUAUGACUUCGGCUUGGGUAAACGGGCUUACAGUUACGUGUCCGAAUACAAGAGAUUGCCUGUUUACAACUUCGGAUUGGGGAAAAGGUCACGACUCUACUCAUUCGGUCUCGGCAAGCGCUCCGUGGACGAGGAUCAGAGCAGCGAGGAAUUUGUAUCAGAUAUGGACCAGGCUCAAGUUCCAGAAAUCUUUGAACAAUACGAUGACCCUGCAGUUUACGAGAUCAAGCGCGCAAGACCAUACAGUUUCGGUCUCGGAAAACGGCUGGCUGAAGAUGAGGAAAAUGAAGAGAAACGCGCUCGCAUGUACGACUUCGGUUUGGGGAAAAGACCACAGCUCUACAGCUUCGGUCUCGGGAAGCGGGCCAGGAACUACAACUUCGGUCUGGGGAAACGACUCAGCAAGUACAACUUCGGUCUGGGGAAGAGAGAGCGUGACAUUCACCGGUUCAGCUUCGGUCUCGGUAAACGAUCUGACGUCAUUGAUGACAGCGAUAACUAUAUGGAAGUGUAAAUUUUAACAUCGUUUUACUUUUAGAUGAAAUUCACGUGAAAUGCUGUUCGUAAAUUAAAAAAAAAUA